GACCGCUCUCCCGCAGGCCCGUGCCCCCUCUCCAAGACCUUGCGCUCCCAGGCCCGUGCCUCUUCCCCAGGACGGUUCUCCCGCAGGCCCGCGCCCCCUCUCCAAGCCCUCGCGCCCCCAGGCCCGUGUCUCUUCCCCAGGACGGUUCUCCCGCAGGCCCGCGGCCCCUCCCCAGGACCUCGCGCCCCCAGGGCCGUGAGCUCCUAGAACCUGCGCCCCCAGGGCGGUUCGCCCCCACCCCAGGACCUUCGCCCUCCCCAGGUCCGUGCCCUCUCCCCGGGACCUCUGGCCUCCAGGACGGUGCACCCCCAGGCCCGUGCCCCCUCUCCAGGACCGUUCUCCCGCAGGCCCGUGCCCCCUCUCCAAGACCUUGCGCCCUCAGGACCGUGCGCCCCUAGGACCGUGAGGUCCUAGAAGGUGCUCCCCCUCCCCAGGACCUCGUGCCCCCCAGGACCGUGCGCCCCUAGGACCGUGAGGAGGUCCUAGAAGUUGCGCCCCGUCCCCAGGACCUCGCGCCCCCUCCCCCGGGUCGCCUCCGGGAGCCCCCCGGCCCCUCACCCCCGUCCGUCGGGAUGGGGCGCUACUCGGGCCGGACGUGCCGGCUGGUGCUGAUGCUGGUGCUGACGACCGCCUUCUUCGCGGCCGAGCUGGUGUCCGGCUACCUGGGCAACUCCAUCGCCCUGCUGUCGGACUCGUUCAGCAUGCUGUCCGACCUGCUGUCCCUGGCGGUGGGGCUGGGGUCCGGCCGGCUGGCCAGCCGCAGCCGCCGCCGCCGCUCCCCGCGCGGGCCGCGGGCCACCUUCGGCUGGGCCCGGGCCGAGGUGCUGGGCGCGCUGGCCAACGCCGUGUUCCUGGGCGCGCUGUGCCUGCCGCUGGCCCUGGAGGCGGCCAUGCGGCUCGCCCGGCCCCAGGCCAUCGACCGGCCGGCCCUGGUGCUGGCCGUGGGCGCCCUCGGCCUCGCCGUCAACCUGCUGGGCCUGCUCAUCUUCCAGGACUGCGGCGCCUGCCGCCCCCGGCCCUCCGGGCCCCCCGCCCCAGCAGGUGAUUCCCUGAAUACUCAGCAUGGACCCGAGCAGGAGAUAGUGAAAAAAGAGAAAAAGUCCGAAGCCUUGAACAUCAGAGGUGUUCUUUUGCACGUGAUGGGAGACGCACUGGGCUCUGUGGUUGUGGUGGUAGCCGCCACCAUAUUCUAUGUGCUCCCACUGGAUCCCUCUGAGCCCUGCAACUGGGAGUGUUACAUUGACCCCAGCCUCACCAUCAUUAUGGUGAUCAUCAUUUUGUCCUCUGCCUUUCCUCUCGUCAAGGAGACAUCAAUCAUUUUGCUACAGAUGGUUCCCAAAGGAGUUAAUGUGGAAGAACUGACCAUCCAGCUGUCCAAAGUGCCUGGGAUUAGCAGCAUUCAUGAACUGCACAUCUGGGAGCUGGCCAGUGGGAAGAUCAUCGCCACCCUCCACGUCAAGUGUCAAAAGAGCAGAGACUACCAAGAUGCCAAUUUCCAAAUGCGGGAAAUUUUCCACAACGCGGGCAUCCAUAGCGUGACCAUCCAGCCGGAAUACCUGGACCCCAAAGAGUCCACCGAGCUGAAGGAUUUAGUGCUCUCCUGCAGCUCGCCUUGCAUCUCCAAGGCUUGCUCCAGCAAGUUGUGCUGCAAUCAGGGAAUGCCUCUCACUCAAGUCAAUGGCUACGCUGAGCCCAACGGGGAUGCUCCACGCGCUGGGCCGUGGAACGUUGGUUUAAGUAGAAAUGACACAGUCGAAAUUACCAUCGAAGCAGACUGGGGUGGUCACCUGAAUGACCAAGGACAGGCUCUUCACGAACUGCAAAGGGACAAGUCACCAACCAAGAGCACACAAUUUUGACUGGGCUCCAGCCCAUCCUGAGAUACUCUGAACAUCCCUAGGGGCCACCAGUCCCAACUGAUGCAUGUGAGGGGGGGAAAAGAACCUUUUGGGGUUAGAGUCAUGAACCAAAGCCAACAGCAAAAACUUUCUGUGCAAAAAUAAAGGGUUAAUUGGUUAAUCAGGGGAUUCCACAAAAGCUUUCUGGUUUACCAGAGGGCUAGGACUCCUGAAGCCUUAACAGUUUGAGUUUGUGUACUUACAUCUCGAAGUAAACGGUCAUAGCCGGUAGAUGGGAAGGUGAAACUCUUACGACCCAGACUAAAAUUUUUGUCCUUUUUUUGGCCUUUUACGACCUAAGGUUACUUCUAUUGGGGUUUUGGUCAUGCCAGUGGCUGAAGUUUUCAUUUGGUGAAGGGCCUUGGGUAGAUGUUUUUCUUCUCAAAUCUUCCUAAAUGUCUUUCAAGAAGGAGGCAGGGAAGUCCUGACCACAGUAGGGCUUAUUGGGUGGCUGGUUUAAGGUAAAAAUGCUCUUCAAAAUUGGAGAUGAUAUUUGAACUGAUAUAUGAAUAUUGAAGGACGAUAUAGCUGACUGUUGCUUCCUAUUGGGUGUGGCACCUCAGGACAUGGUACAAUCAAUCGUUUGGGAAAACAAAAGUUUUUGCUCCUUAUAAUCCAUGCUAAAUGUGGUAUGUUGGCCCUCUCUCUUUCAGUAAAUUCUGCUGUUAACUGGUCUCAUUCCCUGAUUGGAUUAUGGACUGUCUGUUAAUUUGAGCUCCUUUUGAGUCCUUCAUAUCAUAUGAUCACAAGAGAUCUCUCUGUCACUUUUUAGGAGGAGACCAGCAUUAUUGCGAUUUUUAAUACAGCAGUUUCAUUAUUACUGAAUAAGCAAGAUGAUGUUUCUGUUCAUGCCUAGUUCGGAGAAUGCUGUUCUCUUCUUUAAUUAGAUAUUUUUAACAUUGUAUUUAUUUAAACAGGCUAAUCAUUUGGAAGAAAAUUUUGUCACAAGGGAGUUUAUAACCUAAUGGAGAAAUACUUACUACUACUGCUACUACUUUGGAUGUAUUUUUAGGUGCUUUGUACCUUUUCUUCUGCCCCUAGUGAGUCCCAUUUAAUUCCGAUAGCUUUGCCUAUUGCAAAUUGUAUUAUGUACGCAGAUUCCGUUCUUGUAGGUGAUCACCUCUAAUCACCUUCUCAUCUGUUAUUCAAACAUCAGUAUUUCAUUCAGAGCGCUUCCAAGCAGCCUUGAGGAAAUGAAAAUUGCCUCAAUGAAGACCCCCGAAUUAGGGACCCUUCAGCUCUCAACGUGGGGUGCAAAGUUAAGUAAAAAUGAGUCUAUUCAUGGCUUCCGGGAUCUAACCAUGUGUAGAAUUCUCUGGAUCGAGACCAAAAACCCCCCCCCAGAAAACCAGCACACUUAUCUUCUCACUGAAAAUAAGCAUUUUUCCACGUUCUCAACACAACCCCAGAUUGGACGUAUUAAGAUGGGCCCUGAUAAGUGGUGGGGUAGGAGAAAAGGGCUUUAGAAUUUUUUUUUCUUCAUUUGCUUCUCGAUUUUGAAAGAAAAAGAGAACGGUUUGGGUAAUUAUUUGCCCGUAAAAAAGUAUGGUCCCUUUAUAACCUUUUGCAAAGGUUAUAAUAAAAUAGACUAUUUGCGAUUAACAUGAAUAACCAUGCAUGGCACAAACUGACUCAAACCAAGGACAAUCUAUGGGUUUUAUGGGGAUGGUUUGAGUCAAACUCUGCCAUUAGGUAUGUUGAUGAAGCCCAGGGGGUCUGUUUGAUUCCACACCAUUCUGCUUUUAUUAAGCCAGUUGAAGAAAAAAUAAGUGGCAGGUUCAUUAACUCCGUGUUCCCCUUCCUAUUGGUUUAUUCCUAGCUGUGUUGACUGAAUGUGUGUUGACUGGUGUCUGGAUGUCCUUUAAUAUUUCUACUAGCUAUUUUUCUUAAAAGACAAAAUCCAAUCCCAGUAUGAUUUAGGAGGACUUCAAAGGCAAUUCCUAUUCAUGUGUGUUAGUAUCGCGUUGUGAGAUUCCACAUACAGUGCUACAUGGUAUUGGUGGUAAUAAUAGUACUGGUAAUAGUAAAAUAAUUUAUUGAGCACUCUCUAGGUGGAGUCCACUGUACUGAGCCUCAGGGAAGGUAUAAUAGAAGCGUGAGUCAUGUCCCUGCCCACAAGAAGCUUACAUUCUAAAGUGUUAUUCUGCGUAUUCAAACAUCAAGGUGAAUGAUUUUGGUUUCAAGGUUGAAAGAUCGGCAGACAGUAGCCCGAGUACAGAAACUCGGACAACUAAAAAUAAAUUAUUUUAUAUUGGGUAACAUGUUUUUUCCUUAUUUUCUUUUGCUCCGAGUUUGGGUGAAAUUUCACAUCCUUCACCUCUAUGAGGUAUUUAGCCUGAAUCUAUGUUCUAAUUUGUUUUGUUUACUUAUUUUCCUCUGGCAUGUUCUUAUAAAUGGAUCAGAAAAUACUAGGUCCAGUAGGACUCUUUAGCACUGAGAAAUAAAUUGAUCGCUCUAUUUGGUCCUUAAAUUGUAUUUUAAAAAUAUUGUUCUGAAAAUGAGAACCCGUUAGUGGAAAUUUGGCCCUCUGUCUAGAAAAUGUUUCCAGAAUUUCUAAGAUCCUUCUACCCAGGACAAAGAGAAGGUGCAGUUACCAAUUUGAUUCACAUCUCUCCAACCAAAGCAAACUUUUUGGGGCCUAAAUUUACAGGAAUCCCUGACCAGUGAAUCUAAUCAACUGGGUAGUUCCUAGCUUUGUCCUUUGUUCCAAAUUCAAUCCUGAGAAUAAACAACUUCCCUGGAUUCUAACAGUUGGGUAGGCAGAGUCUUUGAGAUCUAGCCCCUGUUAGAGAUGGUAGCUUGCAUGUGCAAGGUGGAUACUCUCCCUUUAAAAAUAUUGAUCUCGCUGGGUAUUUCACUGUUUGCACUGAAAGCAUUCCUGUUUGGACUUUGGGAGGCAACCUUCUAUUACCAUUUGAUUCCUUUCUCUGUUCAAGAAUUAGGCCUAUUUAAAAUAAAAGAAAAAUCCCGAAACCCCAUGGAAGUGCAGUUGCCUCCCAGGAAGACUGUGAUUCAGAAGAGUGCCUAAUUGUUUUGCAAAA